AGAGCGGACGGAGCGUGCGUGCCAGCCAGCGAGUGCGAGGCGAGCGGUUCGCGCGUGGUGCUCGGGCAUGGUAGCUGCGACAGCGGUCGCUCGGUGCGUGGGACGCCCAGGUGCGAGGCCGCGUGUGCGCGGGUGCUGAGCAGGACCGUCCUCUCGGUUGCCUGCGACUCUCUUGUUUCGUCUAGUGCUCGACCAGGGCUGUUCGGGGGGUUGUGUGUACUCCCCGCCCGGUGUGUGAGUGUGUGAUUGUGGGGGAGGAGAAGGAGGGAGAGGUGACUGCGUUCGCGAACUUGCGGUGUGGUGGUUUGUUCCUGCAGCCAUGGAGUUCCCCAGUGGGCGCAGCAACAUGAUUCGCCGCAGGAGCACCAACAAGAUCGUCUACCCGUGCAGAGUGGAGGGAUGGCUCAACGUGUCAGGCUGUGUGCAUUCGUGCACCGUCAAGUGUACGAAAGCGUGGAAUUUUUAAGCAGCGUUGAGAUGCGCGAGACUUUCCAACGCGUGUGGUGUGCGGUGCGGGUGGACGCUGAAGGAUCACGUUUGAAAGCUAUUUGGAAGUCCGAAGCUGUUGGAAAGUCGUUGAAGAUGCAUUAA